AUGGCAUUUUUCAGAAACCUCCACCAAAAUCUGGGCCUUCCCUCUGUGUCCUCUCUGGUGGACACUCUCAGCAGUGCUGUGGAUGAUCUGACCAGUGUUGUCGAAGAAGUCGGCUACAGUGUAGCUGAUUCAGUAACAGAACAAGUAACAAACAUGAUAAAUGGCCUUCGUGGGGAAGAUGAAAGCUCAAAAAUGCAGAAUGAUAAACCUGUGCAAGGGAGAGAAGAACAUACAACGUCAUUAAGUCAUUCUCAGGAAACUGGUAUGAAAGCAAAGAGAGGUACUGCAGAACACAAAGAGACUCGUUAUUCUAAUUCAUCAGAUUUUGUAAAAAAAUGUACAAGUGAAGAUGCAGCAUCUGACCACGUUGCAGACAAAGCCCAGUGCCAGUUAAAAGGCAGAGAUAGUAGUAAUCAUUUACGUGAUACAGAAGUACCUCAGGAUCUGAAGAAUGUAGGAGGGCAUUUUAAAAGGGAAGCAGUAGGAGAUAAUGUGUGUUUUGUAAAUGAUGAAUUUUUGAAGGACAGUAACCUGAAAAGUAAUAAAUUUGCAAUGGAGCAAGCUGAUGGGGACCAAGAUAGUUGCCUAAAUGCAAUAUCAGAUAAUCCUAAAAAUCACUUGGAUAGAAAAGUCAAACCACAGUCACCUGGAAUUGAUAUUAAGAAUUCUGAAGAAGUGCACAGCACAAAAGUUCCCCAAGAAACAAAACGUGUUGAAGUACAGAAGCAAAAAUCAUCAGAUUCCAUCUUGAAGAAGACACACAAUGACCAUCCUAAUUGCAUUAAUGAAGUCAAAGAAAAGAAGUCUAAAGCUCUUUUUGACAGAAAAGGAAAAUCCAUAUCGAAGGCUGAAGACAAAGUGUCAGCCACAAUUGUGAAAGUGAGUAAAAAGAAAAACUCAAACAAAUCAGAUAAGAAUUCAGGAGAGCUAUGUAACAAGAGGACAGCAGGAAAAGCAAACUGCAUUCAGAGGAUGAGAAGAACACCUCCACUAGAUGAACUGCAGCCGCCUCCCUACCAGGAUGACAGUGGCUCUCCUCAUCUUUCAUGUACACCUUCUGAAGUUGGAGACAGUAAAUGUGAAUUUUCCCAGUGUAGCAACAGUCCACGAUGUUCAUAUAAAUGCCCAAGUGAGGGAAGCACGGGACAUGAAAUAGAAAGCUUUCAUAACAAAGGAUAUGAAGAGGAUGUACCAAGUGAUAGCACAGCUGUCCUUAGUCCAGAGGAUAUGUCAGCUCGGGGAUCGUCUUCACAGCUUCCUAAACCUUUUGAUCCUGAGCCAGUAGCUAAAUAUGGCACACUGGAUGUGACUUUUGACUAUGACUCACAGGAACAGAAGCUUUUGGUGACAGUGACAGCUGUCACAGACAUUCCCACAUACAGCAGGGCAGGUGGAAGCUCGUGGCAAGUACACCUAGUUCUUCUCCCUAUAAAGAAGCAGAAAGCAAAAACCAGCAUCCAGCGGGGACCGUGCCCUGUCUUCACAGAGACUUUCAAAUUUAAUCACGUUGAGUCUGAGAUGAUUGGGAAUUAUGCAGUUCGCUUCAGACUGUACAGCAUACGUCGCAUGAAAAAAGAGAGGAUUGUGGGAGAAAAGAUUUUUUACUUAACAAAAUUGAAUCUUCAAGGGAAGAUGUCAGUGCCAGUGAUACUGGAACCUUCUUACAGUCUGUCUGGUUGUGACUCUCAGAUGAGCAUGUCAGAAGUGUCCUGCAGUGAGAGUACCUCCUCUUGUCAGUCUCUGGUACAUGGCUCAGCUCCAGAAAUCCUCAUUGGCCUCCUUUAUAACGCUACAACUGGAAGAUUAUCAGCAGAAGUGAUAAAAGGCAGCCACUUCAAAAACUUGGCAGCAAACAGACCACCCAAUACCUAUGUUAAGUUAACACUGCUGAACUCCAUGGGGCAAGAGAUGUCCAAAUGCAAAACUUCAGUCCGCCGAGGACAGCCAAACCCAGUGUACAAAGAAACCUUCGUUUUCCAGGUGGCACUGUUCCAGCUCUCAGACGUGACACUCAUAUUGUCUGUAUAUAAUAAACGCAGCAUGAAACGAAAAGAGAUGAUAGGGUGGAUUUCCUUAGGUCUCAACAGCUCAGGAGAAGAUGAACUCAAUCACUGGACUGAAAUGAAAGAAUCUAAAGGACAGCAAGUAUGUAGGUGGCAUACUUUACUAGAAUCGUAA